CCUUAUAUAAUCAAAUAUAAUAAAUAUAAUUUUAUAAUUUUACGGCGUAAUUUCUGUUUUUCAAUGCACACUAUCUGCGUUUUAAAGUAUUUAACAGCUCGAAAAUACUGAUGACGAAUCUUCAGAAUUCAUGUUGAGUAUUAAUUGUUGAGUAUUAAUUUUCGUAUGUAUGGAAUUCAUGAAUUGUGACGAAUAUAUGCAUGAUGUGUGUUUUCGAUUCGCAUGAGUUCGUGUUUCCUUUAUCGCAUGCAACGGAAAACGCGGAAAUGUAAAUCUGCGUGUUAAUGAUAUAUACUAAGUCUGUUCGUGUUGUUUACUUUUUUGACACAUUUACACCUAACGCCCGUUGCACAUUAACCUCUUUUUAAAAAGAAGAGCUGUCAUUGGAUAUCGCUCAACGCAUUCGGUGUAGAACGGAUAUUAGAUGCAAAAAUGUCAAAAGUGCACGCAACGCGACAAACCUACUGUUUCAAUUGAUACAACGGAAAGGUCUGUGAGAAGGAUCUUGUGAUUGGCAAGUACCAGUUGCGCUUCCGCGAGUUCCAUGGGACAGUGGGAAAUUCAUUUCUGCGGAGCGCAAUUAGCGGAAUGCUUGCGAUUGGACGGACUUCGUUCCGCACCAUGGAAUUGCGUCAUAAUCCGUUUCUAAUUUCAAAUGUAUCCAAUCAAAUUCGCCAAAUCGACGAUUAACUAGCAGUAAUACCAAUAGAAAUUGUUGUUAGGAAAGAAAUUGAAAGAGAAAAAUUGAAAUUGUUAUGUUGGUGUUCUGUCAGUAAAUUGUUGUUAAAAUCCUAGUUCGUAAAAAGUCACCUUUAAGCUCGUAUCACACUACCGAUUAGGAUUGAGAUUAGAUUGCAAUUUGACGAAUCAGAACAAAGUUUACUAAACUCAAGUUUAAGCAGCAUACGAUGCUUGUUUCGUGCUGGUUUGCGGAUAGAAAUACUGCGUUCUGAUUAGUGUAUUUCUAAAAAUUGAUGACAAAAUACCAAUCAAAAAGCAUUAUUUCCAUCCAGCAAAUAAUCCAGCACGAAAACAAGCAUCGUGUGUCGCUGGCUUUAAUUAAACUUACUCUGAUUCAUCAAAUUUCAAUCCAAUUUCAAUCUUAGUCCGUAGUGUGACACGAACCUUACGAUAAGUUUAUAAUCACACUUCUUCAACAGUUAUUGCUCUACUUUUCACGAUUGAUAUAAUUUAUAUCAAAUAUCACGGCGAUUAUUUCGCAAAUUGAGAUUCAACUCUUUUAUCACUGUAAUCCACGCUAAUUUGGUCGGUAAGUUUAUGCUUUGUACCAUCACGGAUGGAUCAUCCAGGGAGAUUCAUUAGAGGAGAGUUGGAUCAGCUGGAACACGCGAGACAUUCCACAUUCGAGGAACAGAUAAACCGUAACUUUAAAAACAGCUGGCCUCUAGACGCCAUGGAGAAGUUCACGAUGUUCGCCGCCGGUGUGGGAUUCGCCUUCUUCGUCGGCCUGUUUGUUCUGUGGGGUCCGUCGCCUAAACCAAGGAAAAGAGGUAAAAUUAUUGGAAUCAACAAUUUGGGAUACACGUGCUUCUUGAACUCUCUUCUGCAAGCAUUAGGUUCUUGUCCUCAAUUCAUACUGUGGCUUGAAAAACAACAAGAGAAGAGGAACAGGAACUUUAUCAAUACUCUAUCCUCUAUUCUCAACAAGGUCAAUGGUUUUGAUGAAGAUUUCUAUGGCAAUGUGACACCUACUGAAAUAAUCUCUUCUCUUGGCACAUCUUGGAACUUUGGACCUGGUCAUCAAGAUGCACAUGAAUUAUUUCAUAUAAUUCUCAAUGCGUUGGAAGAUGAAAUACAGCCUGAUAAUAGGAGUGGCAGUUUAUCCGAUGUGUUACGUCAGAAAUUUGAAUCAAAAAAUAUAUCGAACAAAAACAAACCUGGCAUGAUUGUCGCCAGAUCACCAGAGCUGUUGUCAAGAAACAAUGGCGAGUACAUAAAUUCCAUGUGGUCGUGGCAAUGUCUGUUCACCAUACCAUAUUCCGGUACUCCACCGAUGGACACAAAUCCGUUCUCAGGACUGAUCACUAGCCAAUUAAAAUGCAGCACCUGCGUCAAGAAGGUACCUCGACCUAAAUCUUCAGUGCGCUACGACAAAUUCGAGAGUUUGCUGUUACCAUUGCCACCUCCCUCGUCAUUCAUACAGCAGUAUACCUUGGAAGAUCUGCUGUCGCGCUUCGUAGACAGCGAGGUGGUGAGCGGCGUGGAGUGUGAUCGAUGCUCAUUGCGCUGCGAGGCCAUCAAGACUCUCCGUCUCGGUAAACUUCCUAAGUGUUUGUGCUUGCAUAUUUCAAGGACCACAUGGAGUUCUUCAGGGUCAACUAAGAGAGACGAUCAAGUCAGCUUUCCACAAACGCUCGUAUUGGAUCCUUACAUUUACAAGGAGCGAAUGAGGAGAAGCGCACAGGGAGACGCGAGAGAUCUAAGUAAUGGUUUUUCAGCGACACAGAAAUACAAGUAUCAGUUAUGCGCGGUGAUUGAGCAUCGCGGCCCUGUGGAUUGCGGCCACUUCGUUUGCUACAGACGCGCCCAUAAAGAGAAUAUGUGGCUGUACACGUCCGACGUUGUCGUUGAAAGCGUCACCCUGACGAAUGUUUUGUUUGCCAAUCCAUACAUGCUUUUCUACGAGCGCGUCACAGCUUUGCAGGAGACCACGGUGCACAAAGGCUGUAGUAGCUAGGAAUGAAUGUUUUUUUUUUAUGCGAUAGAAAUUACGAAAUCUAGGAAUUACGAAAUUGCGCUUAGAUCGGUAAUGGGUCUGCUCUUCUUAGCUACACGUUCUCUCGUGCUUCCGACGUUUAAAACGAAGCGACUAUGACAGCGACACGGAGAUCGUGCGGAGAAAUGGAAUUGUAGGUGGAAUUUGCAAUUGUGGAAUUGCAACGAAUGAGACGCGAGGUUCGCGCGGACCGCAAUAGACUGUUGAAUUUUUCUUACAAUCGGUGUAACAUCGGUCGAUAUCGCGAUGUAAUUGCAAUAUAUAAUUUCAUCGUAGAAUAGAAUUAUAGAACAUGUUCCUUGAGUGAUAUUUCACAGCGGUGGCGCUAUACUGUAUGAAGUGCGUAUUAUCCGAAAUUCACCAGCAUAAAUGACGAAUGCGAUUAACGACGAUGGUCGCCAUUACGCCAUAACGAAUUUGGCGAUUAAUAGUUUCGGGAAGGGAAAUUCCGCUUCUAACACAAGUGUAACGUAGUAACAGUAGAUUUCUAUUUGAGAAAACUGCCAAUUUCAAUAAAGUCCUUCGGUCGAGUUAUUAAAGCUUAUUUUAAUGAAAACUGAAAACCAAUAUAAAUAAUGUGCCAAUAUAAAAUGCUUUAAAUUUAAUUAGUCGAAGAUAGAAAGUCGUUUUACAUAUUUUUAUUGCGUUUAUAUUCGUGACGUAUACUAGUAUUUAUAUUUAAGAAUAAUAAUGCGAUCGAAGACCAAUAUUUUAAUUUGUCGUGCAAGAUUACCGGACGUAUUGGUUGGCCGUCAAAUAGAGAGUUUCUACAAACUCUAAAAUUUUUUCUAAGAAACUCAAAAUUCUCUAUUCGAUGACCAGUCGACUGUAAGUUGUGAACCACCAGAUUGCGGCUGUCACUUCUUUUUUUCAUGCAGUUCGGAACGCAGCUGGUAGUCCAGUGAGAGAACAUAAAAUUUCUGGAAAUAAUCAAAAAUAGGUUCUCUCGUUGAACCAUCGGCUGCAUUCCAAACUGCAACGAAGAGAAGAAUACAAUUUGUUUUGAAAUCAAUUAUGUAUAUUAGAUUUAAUGCCGAUUAUUGAUUGCGAGUUGUCAAUUCGAAACAUCGUGACAUAGUCAAACGAUUCGCAAACAAAAUCGUUAAAUUUAAUUACUUAUGAUAUAUAAAUCUUUAUUAGUAAGAAAAAAAAUGAAUUACUUAAUUAUUACAGAAAAACUCUUAAUUGUUUUAAUAAAUUUUUUCUCUUGUUCCCUUUUAAUUUAUUCAAUAUUGUCAAACUAUCAAAACUACACUUUGAGUACAUUAAUUUAUACCGUUAAAUAUAUUUCUUAAUUUUACUUAAUAAUUUGUGUCCGAAUCAUUUUCUUAUAAUAAUAUUUUGGUAUGAUGUCUCUGCUUUUCCUAUCUUCUAUUUUUGGUUAAACUAGCUACCCUCAUAUUUUGCGAAAUUUCCAAAAGCUUCUGUAAUUUAAGGAUUCGAGUCAUAUUUAUCAAUGUUUUCGCGACAUUCUUUUGUCGAAAAUAAAAACAAAAAAUGCCACAGAGUAUAUUCGAUAAACAUGUACGACAAAUAAAAUAUCAAUAAUAGAUUACAUAUUUGUUACUUUUUGUAUUGAAAAAUCACUAUCUUCUUCUGUCUAAGCGUUGUAAUAUUAGAGGUGUACUAUUUAUGACGAUCUACUUUAACGAAUCUACUUUAAUAAUGUUAGAGUAGAAUAUAUGCGAUAAAUAAUAUGUACGAUUAAAAAUUACAAGACAAAUGUACGAAAAUGGAAUAAACUUUAGAACAUGGGA